AUGCCUCCCCGCGGCUCGCCGCGCGUGGGAGCAUCCACAUCGGCGUCAGCACGUACAACGGCGGGGGACGCGCUCGGACCCAGCGCGCGCCUGACUUUGCGCCCGCGUGGGCUCUCAGACAACGCGUCGAGCGACGUGUCGGCCGCGAGUUCACCCCUCACGCCAACGAGCGAGGCGAACGAUGAGAAGAAGGGCAAAGCGCCGGAACGCCGCGUUUUGCCAGCCCGCAUCCGGCGCGCAGCAGGCGGAGCGGAGGGGAUACGCGAACUCGAGGAGAUGGUCGUCGACUGGCUCGAGCGGUACGCCGACCGCAGUUCUUGCCCACCCAAGACACUGCAGAUUACGCUUGCGACGUUGCCGUGCGCGCUCAUCACGCCGAAACCGUACACGAUCGCGAUCAAGGCUAAGGCUAAGAUCGAGCCCGCAGAUCCCAUCCCACCGCAGCGCGAGGCGGGCCCAUCGCGCCCACGUAUCGAGACGCCGAGCUGGGUGUUCGUGCGCGCAGGUGAGGAUGACCGUGAAGAGGCGCGCGAGGAGCUUGCUGCCGCCCGCGCGCAUGUCCCCCACUCGCCGGCAAAACGGCUACGCGGCGGUCUCGUCGGACACGAGAUUGGCGAGGACACGUCGGACGCAUACUACGAGAAGCAGCACCGGAAAUUUGAAGUCUUUGAGCGACGACAGCGUAUCCGUGAACGCGAAACACUCAGCUUUGAGCGGUACAAGAUGCGUUCUCGCGUCGACCACCUCCGCGCGCUUGCCGUGCCGCAGUGGGCUGCUGUCGUUGGUGGUGUCCUCUCCCGCCCCGAUGGGGGAUGGGAUCGGGGACGCGCAAAGUUAGCUGCAGAGGGAGCGGACUGGCUUCGCCGUCGCCUAAUCCGUGAGGGACGAGAACUGCUUAAUCGCUACGACCAGCUUUUGCCAAACACGGCCGAGAGUAAAAAACCCCGGUUCUUGGAUCCUCCAGACUCGCCGCCGAGGCAGAAGGAGAAGAAACGCGGUCCGAGUCGCCUGCAUUCCGUCAACCCCGAGACGUCGCCGCGCAAGCGCGCGCACACAACUCCCGAACCUGAUCCAGAUACCGACUCGAGCUUAAGUGAUCCGCCGUCACCUACGCCGCCUCCAACGCCGCCACGCAAGAAGAUUAUCCUCCGCCUUCCCGCACGUAGCUCACUCACCCCCCAGCCGUCGCCGACGUCAAGUGGCCGCAAGCCUCCCAAGGACCGAAGCGCGCAACCGCCACCACCACCACGUAUCAGGCUGCGGGCGCAGUCGGGGCUCGUGCAAACCAAGUUGACGUUUGCGCCGUUGGGUGCCCCGAGACCGCCAGAUAGAACAAAUCCGGGUCCGGAUCGCAAGCCGGAGAUUGCUCAAGUCGAUCGCAAGCCUGUUGAUCUUGAUCGCAAGACGCAGGUUCCAGGUAACGAGAGCGCGGCUUGGCGUUCAUUACCUUCACAGCACUCGCCACCAGCGCGGUGGAGAGACCCACAUCUCCCAGAUGCUCCUGUCCCUUCACUUGGGCCAGCGCAGAUAACGCCUUGGACCGCAGCACAUGACGCAGCGCGUCCAGUGGCAGCACAUGCCGCGGCGACACCGGCGGCAGCACACGCAGCAACAGCACAAGCCGCUCCUCACACACCGACCCCUUUCCCGCCACACAACCUACCACCCCCACUCGCAACCCCUACCCUCCCACCCACGUCUCCUGUAUCUCCCUCAUUUCCCAAGCCCGUCUGGACCCCACACACUCCCGCCGCGGCUCAUCCUCCUGCAGCGCCUCAGACAUCCCCCCGCCCACCUGUCAACCGAUGGUGGACGCCACAGGGCAUUCCUCAGUCUGCGCCGCUCGCUCCGCGUCUACCACCAGACCUGACGACCCCCACCAUUCCCAUGUCCGUGCUGGAGAAAGCAGCGCGGAAGCGCGAGUUGGAGGUAGAUAACGGCAAGAAGAAGCGUGUCCGCGCAUUCGGCAUGCCCGUCCCCCCCUCGGUCGAGCGCAAGUCUGAGUUUGAGCUACCGGACAACGAGUACAGGCCCAUCCUGGCCAAGAGGCGUCAGUCGGAAGAGAUGGAUAUGGAGGGCGUAGAAGAGGCCGUGGUCUAG